AAUCCCAACGUAGCAGACCCAGUAGGAACUUGUAAACGACGACCAGUGGCGCUUCCCUGACUGGUUUUGUGAUAGAUUUGAGAACAUUUUUGCAUUGGAUCACUAAAAAGGAUGAGAUCAUAUUCCAUUUUCAUUCUCCUUUUGUUUUGCAUAGCUUCAUUUAUUAGAUCAUCAUCUUCUUCAGCUCCCAAACACCCUUUUCUUGGAAUUUCUCCUCAAGAUGAGGAUUACUACAAAUCAUCAGAUAGCAUUAAAUGCAAAGACGGAUCCAAGAAAUUCACCAAAUCUCAGCUCAAUGAUGAUUUCUGCGAUUGUCCUGAUGGCACCGAUGAACCUGGUACAUCCGCUUGCCCUACUGCAAAAUUUUACUGCAGAAAUGCUGGACAUGUUUCACUGUUCUUGUUUUCUUCCAGAGUCAAUGAUGGGAUAUGCGAUUGUUGUGAUGGGAGUGAUGAGUAUGAUGGAAGAGUGAAGUGUCCCAAUGCAUGUUGGGAGGCUGGUAAAGUGGCUAGAGAUAGGCUGGUGAAAAAAAUCAAUACUUAUAAGGAGGGGGUUACAUUGAGAAUUAAGGAAAUUGAACAGGCUAAGAUAGCAAUAGCUAAAGAUGAAGCUGACCUAACAAAGCUUCAAAACGAGGAGAAAUUGCUGAAGGGCAUUGUUGAAGAGCUUAAAGAACGUAAAGAACAGAUAGAGAAGGCAGAGGAGAAAGAAAGGUUGCAAAAAGAGAAGGAAGAAAAUGAGAAACAAAAAGCAGAGGAAGCUUUAAGAGAAAAUGGGAAAGCUGAGGAGGAAGGGAAGGUGGAAAAUGAAAAAGUUGAGCAAGAAGCGAACAGUGAAGACAAACCCAAAGAAAGUACUGAUGAUGAUGAUAAAAUUGGUAACAUUGAGGAUUCUUUUGUAAAUGAGGACCCCAAUGUAGAUGAGAAUGAAGGCGAACCAACAAGCAAAGUUGAAACAAGUGAUUCUUCCAAAACUGAAGCAGUUCCUCUUAAUAAGGAAGAGGAGCAUGAGGUGAAAAAUAAGCAUGAGUCUGCUUCACCCAGACAUAAUGAUGAUUCCACUGUUUCAACUGAAAUUGAUCAAGAUGCUGGUAGCAAAGUAUCACCUGAUGAAGACAAGAAAGCAGAGAGUGACGCAUCUGAAACUACAGAAGGACUGUCGAGGGAAGAGUUAGGUCGCCUUGUUGCUUCCCGUUGGACUGGAGAAGGUACUGAGAAUCAAGGGGGAGCAAAAGCUGAUACUGAUGACAUCCAUGAAGAAACGCCCAAGGAUGAACAUGAUGAAGAAGAAUACGACAACUAUGCUUCUGAUAGUGAUGAGGACACUGCAAAAUAUGAAGAUGAUAGAGAUGAUGAUGUAGAAGAUGAACCAGAUGAGAGUUAUGAAGAGGAGAAUCACGAUGAUACAACUUCGUACAAAGAUGACUUAGAUGAUGAACCUUACUUGCCAGAAACAAGUCCCUCAAGUGAUCCAUCUUGGUUGGAGAAGAUACAAAAGACAGUUAAGAACGUUCUCGAUGCUGUUAAUAUAUUCAAAACUCCAGUAAAUAUAUCAGAUGCGGCUCAUGUACGUAAGGAAUAUGAUGAAUCCAGUGAAAAGUUAUCUAAAAUACAAUCAAGGAUAUCAAGUUUGACACAAAAGCUAAAACAUGAUUUUGGACCGGAGAAGGAGUUCUAUGCAUUCUAUGAUCGUUGUUUUGAGAUCAAGCAGAACAAGUAUGUUUACAAAGUCUGCCCAUACAAACAAGCUUCUCAGGAGGAGGGCCACAUGACAACCCGUUUAGGGCGUUGGGACAAAUUUGAGGACGCAUACAAGAUGAUGGUAUUUUCAAAUGGAGAUAAGUGCUGGAAUGGUCCAGAUCGAAGUAUGAAGGUGAAAUUAAGAUGCGGUUUGAAAAAUGAGCUCACCGAUGUUGAUGAACCAAGCCGUUGCGAAUACGUUGCUUUAUUGGCCACUCCAGCUGUCUGCCUGGAAGAUAAGCUGAAGGAGCUGCAACAUAAACUAGAUUUGUUGAACAAAGAGCAACCUCAGGAACAUGAUGAACUUUGAGGAACCCGGAUAGAAGAUUCAGACAUGGUUAGAGGUUGUUGACUCCAUAACAAAUCUAUCAUUAGAACACGUAUCAAUUUGAUCCUAGUUGUGAAGCGAUGUAGAAUGUGGCCUUUUCGAGCUAGUAGAGAAGAUUUUCAAGCGAUAUCUGAAAUCUGAGGAAGCCUCCUGAAAAAAAUUUUCAUAGGGAAGUAUGCUUCACAUUACAAUCACAUAGAUGAAGUGAGGUACGAUUAUAUUUGUUAGGUUGAGCUGAACUGACUAUGGUGAAAAUUAACUGGUCCUCAAUACUUAUUUGAAUUUCUGCAUAAAAGAAUAAGAAUGAUAACAGAUGGCAUUAAUUUGAAUGACCUAUGGUUUCUCUUUGAUCA